AAAAGAUUAACUCCUCAGCUAAACAGUAGCUUUCCACAGAAUCUCUCUCAGCACAAGAAGCAGGACAACAAUUUGAAGGCAGACUACUUCUACAGCGAAGCUGAUUUGACAUUGGAUUAUAUCCUGUUUGGCACAAGUAGGUCCUCAGAUAGCCCUCAUCUUCAGACAGUAGCAGAGGGAACAACACAGGGGUGAGAAGAAAGAGUGGACUGGGAGAACAGUGGUGUGAAAGGAACCACAAGGCACGAGCCAUGCUCGCUUUCCAGCCUCUCGUACAGGGCACGGUUUUCGCCCUCUCAGUGCUCCAGGCCGUCGCCUGGGAUAGCUUCACUGCGGCUGUGUACGAGCACUCGGUGAUCCUGCCGGCGCUCGCCAACGAGCCUCCCUCUCCGGACGAUGCUUUGGCACUGAUGAACAAAAACAUGGACAUCUUGGAAGGGGCCAUCAAGGAAGCCGCCCGGCAGGGUGCCCACAUCAUUGUGACUCCUGAAGACGGCAUUUAUGGCUGGCGUUUCACCAGAGAAGCCAUCUACCCCUACCUGGAGGAUAUUCCUGAUCCAGAGGUGAACUGGAUUCCCUGCACUGAUCCCAAAAGAUUUGCUCCUGCACCAGUGCAGGAACGACUCAGCUGCAUGGCCAGGAAUAACUCUAUCUAUGUGGUGGCAAACAUUGGAGACAAGAAGUCGUGUAACUCCAGUGAUCCCAGCUGCCCCAGAGACGGUCGCUAUCAGUACAAUACUGAUGUUGUCUUUGAUUCAGAAGGGAAAUUAAUAGCACGUUAUCAUAAGUAUAACCUCUUUAUGUCAGAAACUCAGUUUAAUAUCCCUAAAGAGCCAGAGACCGUCACUUUUGAGACACCCUUUGGGAAGUUUGGCAUCUUCACUUGUUUCGACAUACUUUUCCGUGAGCCUGCGGUGGUCCUGGUGAGCGAGUUACAGGUGGACACUGUGCUGUUUCCAACUGCUUGGAUGAAUGUCUUGCCAUUUUUGACUGCUGUUGAAUUUCACUCUGCCUGGGCUAUGGGUAUGGGUGUCAAUUUACUUUCAGCAAAUACACACAACACUGGCUUGGCAAUGACAGGAAGUGGUAUUUAUGCACCAGAUGGAGCCAGAGCAUACUAUUACAAUAUGAAAACAGAGGAUGGUCACCUCCUUGUUGCUCAACUCAGUUCACACCCUCGCAUUUCUCCUGCCUACCCUCCUGCUGUCAACUGGAGCUCGUAUGCUCAAAGCAUCGAGAGAUUCUCACCAAAUGACCAUGAUUUCAGUGGGCUCAUCUUCCAUGACAGGUUCACUUUCACUGAGCUCACUAAGCCGGAAGGGAAUCUCACAGUUUGCCAGAAAGUCCUCUGCUGUCACUUGAAUUACAAGAUGGCAGAGAAACAAGAAGAUGAAGUUUAUGUGCUAGGUGCCUUUGAUGGGCUUCAUGUGGUUGAAGGACAAUACUACCUCCAGAUAUGCACGCUGCUGAAGUGUAAAAGCACAGACCUGAAAAGCUGUGGGCAGCCCGUGGAGACUGCUCAGACCAAGUUUGACACGUUCUCCCUGAGCGGCACGUUCGGCACUCACUACGUCUUUCCAGAAGUCCUGUACAGCGGGGUUCAGCUGGCCCCUGGGGAAUUUGAGGUGCUGAGUGAUGGGCGUUUGAUAAGUAAGAUAGGACCAACAAAGCCAGUCAUCACUGUGACGCUUUUUGGACGGUGGUAUGAAAAGGAUCAUCUGAAACAAGACCCACAGCCACCAGCCUUCCCCUGCUGUUACCAUAACUGAAGCUGUACACCACUGACAUCAUGUCCAAAUGAGACAUGACAUCAUCAGCUAAAACGAUCAUAAUUAUGCUUCUUAAUUCUGGUUGCACAAGCUUCUCCUCGGUGUGCUUUGCUUAGUAGUAGUGCGGCAUUAUUACUUUAUUGCUACCACUUACUGAGAAGUAACUCUUUUGUACUAUAGGCUUACUAAUCUUUUAUGAGUUUAAAAUAGCAGUUGUUUAGCUCUG